UUGAUUUGUCCACAUAACAGGAGUAGGCUAAGCUGCAUUUCUUUCAGCACGUUUUCCUGGUCGUCAUUGAUUUGCACCAGAUGCGCUAGCACACCCGACUGCCCGUGCGUUGAAAACAUGUCUCAAAGAUCCAAUUCUGCUGAAAACUCGGAAGAGUCGAUUGCUGAGCGAACUGUCGCCACUUCAGUAAUUCGCGACACUGGUACCAAGGUACAAUUGUUAUUCAAAGCCCAUGGACUGAAGAAACGAAAAAGUUUGCUGAAUUCCAUUGUGACUGUGUUUAAAAAGCCUCAUUCACCGUCUCGUCUGCUUUCGAAUGGUAAAUUCACGAAGUUUGAUUUGAAGCCGCAUUCCAUCCAUUUCAUCUUGUGA